GCGACCGUCAGCCAUAUUGGUCAUCGUCGACAAUUUAGAGGAAGGACACUUGUCCUAAAUUCGUAAAUAUGUCUGAAACAAGGCAAUUGCAGGCAGAUCAGUACAAGGGUUGGCUGUAUAAAUGGACAAACUAUAUAAAGGGUUAUCAAAAACGGUGGUUUGUCCUUCAGAAUGGCCUACUUUCAUAUUAUAGGAACCAGGCUGAAAUGGCCCACACAUGCCGGGGUACAAUAAACCUUGCCAAUGCUUUUAUUCAUACGGAGGACUCCUGCACAUUUGUCAUUUCAAACGCAGGAACGCAAAGUUUUCAUCUCAAAGCUAGCUCAGAAGUGGAACGGCAACGAUGGGUCACAGCUCUUGAACUUGCGAAGACAAAAGCUAUCAGUCUGAUCGAAUCAGAUGAUGACGAAGAUGAAAUAGUACACGUUCAACAUGAUAAAGAUGAAUUUGAAAGUACUGUUCGGACAUUAUCGUCAAAGAUAGAGGACUUGAGCACAUGCAAUGAUUUAAUUACAAAGCAUGGAGCUGCAUUACAAAAAUCACUCGGAGAAGUAGAACAAAUGGAUAAUUCCCAAGAUGCAUCUGCCAAAAUAAAUCGAGUCAACGAACGUGCCACAUUGUUUAGGAUUACUACAAAUGCAAUGAUAAAUGCGUGCACCGAGUAUCUGGAUAUUGCUCAAAGUCAAGGCAAACGAUGGCAGAAAAUGUUGCAACAUGAGCACGAACAGCGAUUACGUUUAGAAGAAAUGGUGGAGCAGCUCGCCAAGCAACAUAGCUCUUUCGAAAAACAAGUCCGCAAGUCUUUCCCCGCAGUAAACUUACCAAAAGUAGAUGGAAGUAAAUAUGGCAUUGGUAUUGCAAUGAGUGACGAUGAUGAAGAUGAAGAAGAUGAUGAAUUCUUUGAUACAGUGGCUGAACCUACUGAAGAGUUCAAGGUGGCACUACCGCAUGCACAUCAUGACAAAAGAACACAUAGCAACCUGUUAGAAAUACAGAUGCAUUUUCAAUCUCCUGCCCAUAAUGGUGAUCACAAUGGUAACCAUGACGAUGAUAUAGAUGGUGAAUCUAGACGGACAGGAAGUGGAAUAAGUACAGGAAGUAUAGACAGUUUGGGGCACAACUAUGGCCGAGAAGAGGUGGAAAGUUCCGACACUGACUCUGAAAAGACGGAAGAAGCUAGAGUCAUCAGCAGAUCUCAAUUGAAGAAAUCCAAAUCAAAAGUGAAUACAACCUUAGUCAAUAGCCAUAAGAAAAUUACUUCUAGUCAAGAUUUAGCAAAAUCAAAUAGCAACGCCUCAAUCAGGUCAGGUGUCUUAGCAACAGGCAAAAAACAGCGUCGAGAUCGAAUUCCCGAAAAGCCAAAUUAUAGCAUAAACCUGUGGAGCAUCAUGAAGAAUUGUAUCGGAAAAGAUCUUACAAAAAUUCCUUUGCCGGUGAACUUCUGUGAGCCACUUUCCAUGUUACAGCGUCUUACUGAGGAGUUUGAAUAUUCUGACAUACUUGACAAAGCUGCUAAAUUUGAUGAUGCUACUGAACAAUUAAUGCACGUAGCAGCAUUUACAAUAUCUGUAUACUCUACUACGACAAACCGCACCGGAAAGCCAUUUAAUCCGCUUCUUGGGGAGACUUUCGAGUGUGAUCGAUGGGAUGACCUCGGCUGGAAGUCCAUCUCUGAGCAGGUUAGCCAUCAUCCCCCAAUGUUAGCGAUGAAUACAGAGGGCCGGGAGGGAUGGACCCUUUGGCAAGAGUUCACGGCAACCAGCAAAUUCAGAGGAAAAUAUUUACAGAUUGUCCCCUUAGGUGUAGGCCAUCUAAAGUUCCAUAAGUCUGGCAAUCACUACACGUGGCGAAAGGUGACGACAACUGUCCAUAAUAUUAUCGUUGGAAAGCUUUGGGUGGACAACCAUGGAGAGAUGGACAUUGUGAACAAUUCUACUGGAGAUACAUGUCAUCUCAAAUACAAUGCUUAUAGCUACUUCUCAAGAGAAGCCCCCAGAAAGGUGACUGGUGUGGUUUCUGACAAGAACAAUCGUGCUAAAUGGGUUCUAACUGGCCAAUGGGACAGCAGAAUGGAAGGUGCCAAGGUGCUAAAUAUAUCAGAGUCAAACAAGGGAAAACCUGUCUUUGAAACUGGUGCUCCGUUUAUGGUGUGGCAGAAACGUAUGCCUCCUCCAUGGUCAGAUAAGAUGUAUAACUUCACCAAGUUGGCCAUGGAGAUUAAUGAAAUGGAGGAGGGAAUUGCUCCAACUGAUAGCAGAUAUCGUCCCGAUCAGCGUGCCAUGGAGAGAGGAGAAUGGGAUGAGGCUAACAGAUUAAAACUGCUACUUGAAGAGAAGCAGAGGGCAGUGAGAAGGAAGAGAGAGGCAGAGCAGGCUGAAGCUAAUGAACAAGGUGUCGAGUUUCCAGCUUAUGAGCCACUCUGGUUCAAACAAGAGCACUGCAAAUACACUGGCAAACAUGUCCACACAUUUAAGAACACAUACUGGCAAUGUAAAGAGAAAGGUGAUUUCACAAUGUGUCCAGAUAUAUACCUAUGAUACGCAUCACAUACAACAGUAUAACAACGCUAAACGGGAGAACAUUCUCUGCCAGGAGUCGGCCAUGCUGGAUAAUCAUGAAUAUGCUCCUUUAUAUCCGAUAUACCCAGCUCUACGAUUAUGUGGAUGAUGACAGAGGGGUUGAUUGUUGGAUAUUGAAUUGAUCACAGAGCUUUAUGUCAUGCAUUCAGUCAGAUGUUAAUGGGCGAUAAGAGUGACUGAUGGUUAAUAAAGAAUAUAUCAUGGAUUUCAGUGCUACAUAAACAGACAGACAGAACAGACAUAAAUGGCUGUUCUGAAGCCUAACGCUUAAGUAUUUAAGUUUUGAAAAAUAUGAAGGUACGUGCUUUGAUUAGAGCCAUCACUUACGUUGAUGUCAUAUUCUUCUACUUUUGAUGUACCAAAAAGGCUAGUUUUCUUCUCAGUUGUAUUUUAUCAUCAUUUACUUUUACAACUUAUAGCCCCUUUAUGAGGUUCUUAGCUAAGGUAUGAUCAACACCUGGAGACACAGUCAUAACUGGCAACUGAUCAGAAGAGACUACAUGUAUGAUAGGCCUCAUGAUAUGCAUGUAUGGUUAUAUGAUGUGCAUGGGUUUUUCUGUUCCCAUGAUAUGCAUGGGUGGUUAUCAUGAUACGCAUAUGGGUUCCCAUGAUAUUCAUAGGAGGUUCCCAUGAUAUUCAUGGGUGGUUAGUGAUUGAUAUUGUAAGUCCAUGACAUUUCUUUUAACUCAACACUCAACAAAUGAACAAGAUAGGACAAAUUAGGCCACCUUGAAAAUGUAGACGCUUGCAGUAAUUAAUAAAAGCAUUACUUCCGAAACUUCUUCCGGUGUUUUUUUUUGCUGAAUUUUCUUGGAUUUAAGCACUGCCACAUUGUGCUUGCUUUAUGCUUCCUUCUAUCUUGCCUCAUAACUCUAUGCCACAUUUGUUUUUCUCAUGUAGAUCCUCUUACUUUACAAAUAACUUCUUUGCUUGUAACGUGACUCAUGUUAUUUGUGACUCAUUUAGUAUGUCAUUCAUGGAUGAUUUCACUCAUGGAUGAUGUCACUCAUGGAUGAUUCACUCGUGGAUGAUGUCACUCGUGGAUGAUGUCACUCGUGGAUGAUGCCACCCAUGCAUGAUGUCACUCGUGUAUGAUGUCACUCAUGUAUGAUGACACAGGCAUUCACAAAGCUUAUGUAUGACACACAUUUAUAGUUUCAUGUCAUUCAUGUUUGACACAAAUUCAUGUCUCAUAUGCCAAAGUGAAAGGAAGCAGAAAGGCAUGUGUGGAAAAUUAAAGUAGUUUGCUCAAUUUAGUCAAGUA